AUGGCCGCCGUCUCCGCCAAGUCCGUCGCCCUCCUCGCGGCGGUGCUCCUCGUGCUCGUCGCGUCGGCCGCAGCGACCGCAAGGACUGUAGAGCGGGAGGAGGUGGUUUCCCUUGGCAGCCUCGCGCCAUCGCUCGCCCCGGCGCCGGCGCCGACGAUGCUCAGCGCGGCGAGCGCCCUCGCCCCCGGCGCCUGGGCCGUGGCCGCUCUCGUCUCGCUCCUCGCCUUCCUCGGUCACUGA